CCGUUUAACCCCAAAGAAGAAGACGAAGACGCUUUUCCUCUGACAGUCAACGUGGCUGAUGGUGUUUUCAAGAAAUCAUUACUUUAUUAAAAGUGUGGGCAUAUUUCCGAAAUAAACCCAUUUCUACUCCUAAGAGGCCCAAUAACAACAAAAAAAAACCAACAUGUUUCGUGAAGACGAGGACUGGAAUGAUGAAUCAGACGCUGAAAUCCUGAGAAAAAGUGUUCUCAGCCACUCACAAAGAGCAAAAAUCACUGUCAAGGUCAAAGAUGUUGGGAAAAAGAGCCUGUUGCGGACCCUGCAGACACUGGGAUCGGUGCCAGAAUGGAAGUGCGACAUCCAUCAACAGAGUAGUGACAGUGAGAUAGAAACAACCCCGCUACAUACCAAGAGAAAGAAAAAAAGAAGGAAAAGGCAGAAGCGUACAGCUGCAUCAGGAGAGGAACCUGUGAAUGAUACAUUAGAUCAGACUGUGCAGGAGGAACAUGCUGUCAAGAAGAAGAAAGAUGCAUCAGGUACUCCAACUGUGAUAACUGCACCUAUCUGUGAGGCAAAGGAUGAAAAACCUGUCACAUCUGCAAAAAUGGAAGUAAACCAGACAGAGAGACUGAGUAGAAAACACUGGAAAAGCAAAAUGAAGAACAAAAGGAAAUGUAAAAAUAAAUAUCGCCAAAACACAGCAGAGGGGGAAGAAAAUAAAACUGGAUCACCAGAGAAACCCAAACCAAAGAAAGAGGUAACCAGCAAUCACAUUGGAAACACUCGGGCAAUGGAAAAUAACUGUAGUGCACAAACAAGGAAAAUGACUAAUGAUGAGACUAAAAUAUGUAGUACAUCAAAAACACAACCACAUGGAAAACAACAACAGACUGAGAAGAAGAAAAUUAACAGUAGUGCAAAUGAAUCAUCUAUUGCUGGAGGUGCAGCUGAAAAAGGGUAUAACGAGGAAACGGAGCACCACAAUCCAAUGAAAAAAGAGAAGCUGGAGCAGAGACGAAAACCAGAAAAUCUGCAGAAAAUUCUCCACAGUCAGGAACCAAACAAAUCAGGGAGUCCCACAGUGCAGGAAGACCAGAUGGCGCUGUCACAGCAAGAAGUCAGACAGGACCCACCCACUUCCUUCAGGUCUCGCAUGGAGCAACGCUUGGAGGCGGCUCGUUUCCGCUACAUUAAUGAAGUUUUGUACACCACAUCCAGUGGUCAGGCAAAGCGCAUGUUCAAACAGGAUCCCCAGGCAUUUUGGGUCUACCACAAGGGCUACACAGCACAGGUCCAGAGAUGGCCAGCUAAUCCAGUGGAUGCUAUUAUAGCUUACAUUCAGAAAAAACCUGCUUCUUUGGUGGUUGCUGACUUCGGCUGUGGUGACUGUAAGAUCGCUCGGAGCGUGAAGAACAAAGUGCACAGCUUCGACCUAGCAGCUGUGUGUGAGCUCGUCACUGUGUGUGACAUGGCCAAAGUCCCGCUUGAUGACGGCACUGUGGACAUCGCUGUGUUCUGCCUUUCUCUGAUGGGGACCAACUUGGCAGACUUUAUAUCGGAGGCCAACCGUGUUUUAGUGAAAGGGGGUGUUCUUAAAAUAGCAGAAGUAGCGAGUAGGUUUGACAACGUGAGGAGCUUCAUCACUGCACUAGCAAAGCUUGGGUUCAAAUUGAUGACAAAGGACACAGGGGACACUCAUUUCUUCUCUUUUGAAUUUCUGAAGACGGCCAACACGCCAGAAAGUGUCAAGAAGUUUGGACUGGAGUUAAAACCUUGUGUUUAUAAGAAAAGAUGAGAGAAGACAACAUUCAUUCAUUCACUUUCAUAUUCAGUACAUCAAUGGAUCUGGUGCUCAGUUGGACUGGGAACUGCUAAAUGUGACGCUGGUUACCGGCCACCAGUGAAAUGUAAAAGUAUGAUGGUUGGAGUAAAAAAAAAAAGGAAAAAAAAAAAAGCACAAAUCCUGAAAAUUUUUAACUUUAUUAAACAAAA